AUGCAUGAAAUAAUAACAGGCCUGGUGUUUGAAAUUUACUAUCCAUUCAUUGCAGCAAUCGGAGUUCCAGCAAACGUGGCAGUGAUAGUCAUUCUGUCUCGAAACAGAUGCUGCCUGUCUGGAUGUGUCAUCUAUUACCUGGUGUCCAUGACAGUGACGGAUCUCUUGGUCAUUGUCACAGCUGUAAUAUUAAACCGGAUAGCUGGGAUGUACUUCCCAUUCAGUUUCUUGUCCAUUACCCCAUUGUGCAGUUUUCGUUCUGCCUUCAAUUAUGCAGCUCUUGCCAGUUCUGCCUGGUUGACAGUCAGUUUCACCUUCGAUCGAUUUGUUGCAAUCUCUUGCCAGAAGCUGAAAGUUAAAUAUUGCACUGAAAAAAUGGCAGGACGUGUUAUAAUAAUUGUGUUUGUGCUCUCCUGUGUCAAAAAUACCUUCACGUAUUUUUAUUACGAACCCAUGUAUCUAGUUAAUAAUGUCCCUUGGUUCUGCGCCCUAAAAGCAGUAUUUUAUACAUCACCAGCUUGGACUGCAUAUGACUGGAUUCGAUCAAUUUUAACACCUUGUCUCCCGUUUAUUCUGAUUUUACUGCUUAAUGUUCUAACUGUCAGACAAAUUUUAGUGGCAAAUCAAGCCCGUAGGAGACUCAGGAACUUAAACACUAGAGAUAAUCAGAAUGACCCAGAAAUAGAGAAGCGCAGAAAGUCUAUUGUUUUACUCUUUGCCAUCUCAGGCAGUUUCAUUCUGUUAAAUUUGUUAUGUUUUUUAACGAUCCCUUAUGUCCGAGUUGCAGAUGUGACGUAUCCUUCAGGUUCUGAUCCAGACACUUUCAUAUUUAUUCUUCAAGAAAGUGGAUACAUGCUUCAAUUAUUGAGUUCCUGUAUCAACCCGUUUAUUUACGCUGGCACCCAGCGUAAGUUCAGAAUGGAAUUGAUGAACGGGGUAAAAUAUCCAUUGAACCUAUUUAUUGGAGUAUUCAAAUGUUAA